UCACCGCGUCCCUUAUCUCUCCGCCAAAACAAGACUUGUCAGCGGAAGAUCAGUAUAAUACACCCAUUUGAAGACCGACACAACCCUCGCUAUCUGCUUCAUAACGCUGGAGGGUGAGAUACUCACCCAUACCAAUACGCCACAGUGACAGGCACGUUGAGUGUGUAGGCUACGACCGAGUAACGUGUGCAGUACCAGUAACAAUGGAGGUCAUUGACGUUGAGAUAAGGAAACCCGCAAGGAAAUCUUCUUUUGGACAAUUUAAGGAACAUUUCGAAGACCCCGUCUACAAGAACAAGUUCAUAUGUACACUGUUCCUGUUCUGGGCGUUUCUUGUUCUGGGUUUUGCUGCUGGCCAAAGUGGCCCAUCGUUCCUUGACCUCAUGCUGAUCACGAACACGAAGGUGGAGCAGGCCUCGGCCCUGUUCACAUCAGGAGCUGUUGGCUUUACGGUCGGUGCGUUCGUCAGUGGGUUUCUGUACGACAAGUGUAACAAGCUGCUGUUGCUGGCGGCCUGCCUCGUCGGCAGCAGCAUCUUCUCCGCCGUCAUCCCGCUCUGUACUCCGCUGCCAGCGAUGAUCGCCAUGUAUUUUCUCAGAUCUUUUGUGUCUGCCGGAGUAGAAACAGGUGGCAAUACCGACUUGAUACGACUCUGGGGCAAGGACAGUCGUGUUUUUAUGCAGAUUCUUCACUUCAGUUUCGCCUUGGGAGGUCUUGUAGCCCCUCUGGCAACAGAACCCUUCCUAGCCCCAAAGUCCGUCCAUACCACGAUCACAACAGUCCCUGUCAACGAGUCCCAUUUUCUUGAGUAUGGAUACAAUACAACCAAAGCGUACGUCCAGGACAGUUUAAGAUUAAAUGGGACUAGUUACAACAUGACGACUGCAGCUAAUGAAGACGCUCCGAAAUCGCAAAUCCUUUUUGCUUUCAUAAUCACAGCAGUUCUUUUCCUUUCUGCUGCUAUUCCUUUCUUCGUGGAGUUCUUUCUCCGUAAGGCUGAUAAAAACCGGAAGCCGGAAGACGAGCAAGAAGUUGACGGUCAUUGCAUACCACCCCCUGUCUAUGUGAUAACUGUGGCUAUGAUUGGAGCUUUCUUUUUCUGUUAUUGUGCGCUAGAAGAGACGUUUAUGUCAUUCCUGGCGGUAUUUACUGUGGAGGGGUUGGGCUGGACAAAGCCAGAUGGAGCUUUGGUAACGUCUGUGUUUUGGGGAAGCUUUGCUGCCUUUCGGUUUCUUGGGAUCUUUUUCAUAAAUAUGUUGACUCCAUCGUCAAUGAUAAUUCUGUGUCUUGUAAUUCUGUCAGCGAGUUUGGGUGUAUUCUUGGUCUGUUCCCUCUUUGCCGUAACUAUUGGAAUUUGGAUUUCAUCAGUGGGGAUUGGCCUUGCAACAUCGAUCGUAUAUCCAACGACCUUCACAUGGGUCGAAGAGCAUGUCAUCAAGGUCACGGGUAGGGUCACGUCUGUUAUUGUGAUAUGCGCAGCAUCGGGGGGAAUGGCGACACCAUUGUUGCUAGGAUACCUGAUGGAGGAAGUGACCUAUCUGUGGUUCUCGUAUUUGUUGUUUUUGGUGUCGGUUAUUCUGCUAAUUAUACAUAUUGUGCUGCGGUUGCACUCGGUUUUUGUGUUAAAGAAAUAUCACAGAGCAGCUGAGGCUGAAUCACCUAAUGAGCUUGCUGCACCUCAGGAAAGGGGGAAAAUGUUUGAACCAAACGAACAUGUACGAACGUUUGAACUCUGAUAUUUAACAGUAUGAUGACAGAUAUAAAUAUUGAAAUCUUAUGCCAACCACAAGUUUUUGCCAACUGAUAAGGGUAGCGGGACCGACGCAUGAAAAUAAAAUUAUGAUACAGGGAAGAUGAAGGUGUUGGGGAGGAUCACAUCUGUAUUAAGAGCCGGAGUCAUGGAAAAUAUAAAUACAAUGUAAAAAACAAAUAAAACGAUUAUAAAUUUGUUCAUUCACGGACUGGUAAUGUAUUAUGGGGUGACGGGGCGUCAUGACAUUGAUGUAAUGGGGAAUAUGGGGGUAAUGACAAAAUGUGACGUAAACGGUUGGGGGGGUGGCGUUAAAACAUGACAGUCCUAAGACAAAUUCCCCUUAUAAUACAUGAUCGGUCCCUUAGUGAGUUUAGUUUAAUGCUGCCAUUGAACAGUAUAUCAGUCAGGCAACACUGUACAGAGAACAGUCCCACUUUAGACGAUCGGGCCACCCAUGACCACUGUUCAGUGAAGACGUCCUAAACUUGCUUCAUUUGCUGUGGCGCAGAAGUCAUGGCAGACGGUGGAGUACUACCCAUGGGGGUACCCGGAUCGCUGAAUCCGUAUGUCACGCUCGUGAUUUCUGGUUUGCCAACACAGUUUAUCGCUGGCAAACCAAGGAUUAUUAUCAUGUCGAAUCUUGGAUUCCAGUCCACGGUCGGAAUAUCCAGGCAUCCUUACAGAACGUAGCCAGGCAAAUUGCAGUGCGUGCACGACACUGGCCCAUCGCACGUACGUCUAUGACUGUAUGGCCAACAUAGACUACUUUCGAUUGGCAUCUUUGAAAUGUCAAAACAGCACACGAUUCAAAUCAAGAAAUCCCAGAAAGACAGAUUUACAACUUUCUGCUACAGGCGUCUCCAGAUUGUUUUCUCACAUCUCUACCAAUAAAACAAAUCUUGUGUC